GGCUGCCGGAGAGCGAGCCAGCAAAGGAGGCGGGGAGGCGGCGGCCGCACUUGCUCGCCUGCUCGCUCUCUUCGCGGCGCCACUGCUGCUCCGCCGCUGCGCUGCCCGCUUGCCUGCCGCUCCCCUGCGCGCAGCCGGAGCAGCUGCCCGUCGGCUGGGUCCCGGCGGGGUUCGGGAGUCGCGCGCGCCCGCGGACACCGCGCGGUGGGCGAGCCGGCGCCACACCUGUGGAGCCGGCGGCCGUCGGGGGUGCCGGCCAGGGUCCCGCCGCGUGCGGGUGGUGGGCGGCGGGCCGCCCGGGCUCCGGGGGAGGGGCAGCCCCCGGCUGGGCGCCGCGGGCACCAUGGGGCUCCCUGCGCUCGAGUUCAGCGACUGCUGCCUCGACAGCCCGCACUUCCGAGAGACGCUCAAGUCGCACGAAGCGGAGCUGGACAAGACCAACAAAUUCAUCAAGGAACUCAUCAAGGACGGGAAGUCACUCAUCAUCGCGCUCAAGAAUUUGUCUUCAGCGAAGCGGAAGUUUGCAGAUUCCUUAAAUGAAUUUAAAUUUCAGUGCAUAGGAGAUGCAGAAACAGAUGAUGAGAUGUGUAUAGCAAGGUCUUUGCAGGAGUUUGCCACUGUCCUCAGGAAUCUGGAAGAUGAACGGAUACGGAUGAUUGAGAAUGCCAGUGAGGUGCUCAUCACUCCCUUGGAAAAGUUUCGAAAGGAGCAGAUCGGGGCUGCCAAGGAAGCCAAAAAGAAGUAUGACAAAGAGACAGAGAAGUAUUGUGGCAUCUUAGAAAAACACUUGAAUUUAUCUUCCAAAAAGAAAGAAUCUCAGCUGCAGGAGGCAGACAGCCAAGUGGACCUGGUCCGGCAGCAUUUCUAUGAAGUAUCCCUGGAAUAUGUCUUCAAGGUGCAGGAAGUCCAAGAGAGAAAGAUGUUUGAGUUUGUGGAGCCUCUGCUGGCCUUCCUGCAAGGACUCUUCACUUUCUAUCACCAUGGGUAUGAACUGGCCAAGGAUUUCGGCGACUUCAAGACACAGUUGACCAUCAGCAUACAGAACACAAGAAAUCGCUUUGAAGGCACCAGGUCAGAGGUGGAAUCACUAAUGAAAAAGAUGAAGGAGAAUCCACUUGAGCACAAGACCAUCAGUCCCUACACCAUGGAAGGAUACCUCUAUGUGCAGGAGAAACGUCACUUUGGAACUUCUUGGGUGAAGCACUACUGUACAUAUCAGCGGGACUCCAAACAAAUCACUAUGGUACCAUUUGACCAAAAGUCAGGAGGAAAGGGGGGAGAAGAUGAAUCGGUCACCCUCAAAUCCUGUACGCGGCGGAAAACAGACUCUAUUGAGAAGAGGUUUUGCUUUGAUGUAGAAGCAGUAGACAGGCCAGGGGUUAUCACCAUGCAGGCAUUGUCAGAAGAGGACCGGAGGCUCUGGAUGGAAGCCAUGGAUGGCCGGGAACCUGUCUACAACUCGAACAAAGACAGUCAGAGCGAAGGGACUGCGCAGUUGGACAGCAUUGGCUUCAGCAUAAUCAGGAAAUGCAUCCACGCUGUGGAAACCAGAGGGAUCAAUGAGCAAGGGCUGUACCGGAUCGUGGGGGUCAACUCCAGAGUGCAGAAAUUGCUGAGUGUUCUGAUGGACCCCAAAACAGCUUCCGAGACAGAAACAGAUAUCUGUGCUGAAUGGGAGAUAAAGACCAUCACUAGUGCUCUGAAGACCUACCUAAGAAUGCUUCCAGGACCACUCAUGAUGUACCAAUUUCAAAGAAGUUUCAUCAAAGCAGCAAAGCUAGAGAACCAGGAAUCUCGGAUCUCUGAAAUCCACAGCCUUGUUCAUCGGCUCCCAGAGAAAAAUCGGCAGAUGUUACAGCUGCUCAUGAACCACUUGGCAAAUGUUGCUAACAACCACAAGCAGAAUUUGAUGACAGUGGCAAACCUUGGUGUCGUGUUUGGACCCACUCUGCUGCGGCCUCAAGAAGAAACAGUAGCAGCCAUCAUGGAUAUCAAAUUUCAGAACAUUGUCAUUGAGAUCCUAAUAGAAAACCAUGAAAAGAUAUUUAACACCGUGCCUGAUGCGCCUCUCACCAAUGCCCAGCUGCACCUGUCUCGGAAGAAGAGCAGCGACUCCAAGCCCCCAUCCUGCAGCGAGAGACCCCUGACGCUGUUCCACGCUGUGCAGUCGACAGAGAAACAGGAACAAAGGAACAGCAUCAUCAACUCCAGUUUGGAAUCUGUCUCAUCAAACCCAAACAGCAUCCUUAACUCCAGCAGCAGCUUACAGCCCAACAUGAACUCCAGCGACCCAGACUUGGAUGUGGUCAAACCCACCCGGCCCAACUCACUCCCCCCGAAUCCAAGCCCAACUUCACCCCUCUCGCCAUCUUGGCCCAUGUUCUCGGCGCCAUCCAGCCCUAUGCCCACCUCAUCCACGUCCAGCGACUCAUCCCCCGCCAGGUCUGUUGCAGGGUUUGUUUGGUUUUCUGUUGCUGCUGUUGUUCUCUCAUUGGCUUGGUCCUCUCUUCAUGCAGUGUUCAGCCUCCUCGUCAACUUUGUUCCCUGCCAUCCAAACCUGCACUUGCUUUUUGACAGGCCAGAAGCAGCGGUUCAUGAAGACUCCAGCACGCCGUUCCGGAAGGCGAAAGCCCUGUACGCCUGCAAAGCGGAGCAUGACUCGGAGCUGUCAUUCACAGCAGGCACGGUCUUCGACAACGUUCGUCCGUCGCAGGAGCCUGGCUGGUUGGAGGGGACUCUGAACGGAAAGACUGGCCUCAUCCCUGAGAACUACGUGGAGUUCCUCUAACCAUGGGCCCCAGCAGGACUGCUGAGCUUUGCAUGGUAUCCAUGACAACUGCUGAUUCCAGGGUUGCAGGCCAUUUCUCUCUGCCACUGAGAAAUGCAGCGUGACUGACCCUGUUGCUGCCUGUCAACACGAAUGUCUCUGUGAACUCUGGUGUCACCCAUCUCCACGAUCAUCUCAGCUGACCCUCGGUGACACUGCAAGGAACAGAAGUCAAUCAGCAGAGGAAGCCAUUUGCUUUUGACAACCGAGAGAAAGGCUCGCAAAGCCAUUCUCUCCUGCGUGCCCUAACGAGGGAGCACUCAUUUUGUUUCAACAGUCGUCCAAACCCCCAGCCUUCUGAAAGAGGAAGUGAGAUACAAGCGGUUCCAAGAGCACACAGCAUAGCUAAGUCUGACGGGGCUGGGCGAAGAAAUUGGCACCGAGAUCCAGUCCAGGUCCCUUGCUUUUGUUUACGGUAGACGCUCUCUCUACCCCACCUCUAAAUACUUGAGAGCCACCAUGCUACAGGCGGCUGGGUCUGUCUGUCUGGACGCAGGAGGAAGAGGGGUCACGGCAGUGCUUAUGUAACAUCCAAUCUCUCACCGUCUCCGAAGCGCCGUUGGCCCAGCAGCAGAAUUCAGUCCAGGCCUCUCAUGCAAGGGAACACCCCCUCGCCCCACCACGCUCCCUCCUCCCCAGCGAGGAGCCGCUCCACCACUCAGGGCUGCCAUUGCCUAGUCUCCACGGCAACCCAACCUACUCUAAAACCAAACCAAAAAAAAAAAAUACUCUCUUUGCACGACAUGUUUUUUCAACUCCCUUUUGGUAGUUUUUAAAAUGGUUUUCCAACAACCUGAAGCAGAAAAUCAAGGAACUAGGGUGGUCUACUUGGGGCAGACAGGAUAGCAGCUGCAAACUGUUCCCUUUCUGAUGAAUUUCAACAGCAUCAGGAUAUAUUUGGAGCAAAUUCUAGUAACCUCUUGAGAUUAAAUUAGCUACAGGCUUAAUGUUUCUGUUCUUCCAUGCAACUGGUGUUUGCUUCCUAGAGGGUAAGAUGCUCCCUCCCUAUGGGUGACACCAUCCCUUUACCUAACAGGUUCCCCCGUGUCCAGUGCUCACUCGUCCCUGCCCCCGCCUGCCUGUAACCCACCACUGAGCUGCCCCCUCGCCCUGCUCUAGGCUGCUGAAUACCAGUGGGUGCCCUGGUGGUUUUCAAGGAUAAUUCCUGGGCUAACCCCACAACCUAUAGUUUAAAAGGACAUCUAUGUUCACUGCCACUCAGAAAAAGGGAAUUCUCAGUCCUUCAAGGCAUGAGACUAAUAUAAGCUGUUGUGAUUCAGGAAGACACCAAAAGGUUGGGGCAUGGAGGGUGGGAUGGGGACCUUCUGAGAAAGGGAAUUUUCUGGUCAAAAGGGUCUAUGUCUUGGGGAAGACUGCCUAGGAUGUGGAAGUUCUGCCUGGACAUUUCGAAUUCACCCAGCUUCCAAAGAGCAGAGUCAUCAGUAUCUUCCACAUGUGACUGUCCUUGCGAGAGUGACUCUGGACAAACUGCAGACUAAUGGGCCGUCAGGCUCCCCAGGAGCCCCUCGGAUGGCAGCGUGGCUCCAGAGAGUGUCUCCUGCUUCUGGAAUUCCUCAUUAGGGAACUUCAAAGAAGAAAAGAAAAACUUGAAUUGUGUUGAAUUACUGUAUCUUUUACAUUUUUUUUUUUGAAAAGAUAAACUUGUAAAUAGAGUGAUUUGAAAUACUAUAUGGUAAAGUUUUAUAUUUGAUAUUCUUUAAGCUUAGUUGCUCCACACAUUUAGGCUUUGAUUGGUGAACAGGUGGAUUGGACAGGGAGAGAGAAGAGGCAAGGUUGAAGAGAGUCAAGGUCUUUGUCCCCUCUCUGGCCUGGAGGAAGACCACGUCCCUGUGCUCACUCUCUGUUGGUUCUUGUUGGUGGGUGUGACAGAUCGAUGGUGUUCAGUCUUCUUUAUCCACGUGUGUUUGUGAUCAUUCCUUGAGCUUUGGAUUUGGAGAUGGAAAGAGCAUCAUCAGGCGAUGAGUUUUUCAGAAAACUCCUACUUAGUAAGAUGAAGCUCAGGGUCUCAAUAGGUGGGGCCAGGGUGAGAUUUUUAGUUUUUCUUCUCAGGUGUAUUUCUUGGUGCCCCACAAUGUCAGGACAGAAGGCAACAGAACAAUUGUCGUGCUCCUUACUUCUUUUCUCCACAUCUUCUUAAGGCUUUAUAAAUGAGGGCAAGCUGGUUUGCAAAUUGUGUGUGCAUCUGUAAGUUCUAAAAAAAAAAAAAAUUCUAGCUUCUUAUAAUCUUUAGUUCUUGAUCUGCUGCUUCCCCUUUUCCUAGACAUGUUUAUGCCUUUCCCUCCCACCACCAGGUUCCCUAGAACCCCCACGUAAGGAAAAGUCUCCAAGAGGAACAUACAUUGUACAUUGUACCUCUAAAGAUGGCUCUGAAGUUAUCAGGGGUUCAUCAUUGUGAUUCCCUGUUCAGUUUAUCAGCUCGAGGAUUCUACAGCUGUUACCCAGGAACUCACCCAGGAGCAAGCACCAUGUUACCAUUGAAUCGGGGAACGAGAAUGAAGAAUGGGCAAGACUAAGAUAGGACUGCAGAAAGCCAUCGCUGAAAACCCAGGAAGAAAGGGGAUAUACUAAUAGGGUGGGCCAGCUCCCUCUGCACUUGGGAGCAGCUAGUUGGGAAAUGGGGCCUGAGGGGGUGGGCGUUCAUAUACCGUGUGCUUCCCGUUCAGAAAGAGCACAACAUGCUUUUAACACACUUGAUGUUUUCAGUUGUCAUCUGCCCCAUCAAAAGCCUAGCUGGAGCUCAUGUAGAGAAAUAGAAGGCCAAGAUCCUUGCUUUGGGAGUUUCCUCACUGAAGCAUACCUGUACAUGUACCUGUACACUUGGCCCCAGUGUGGCUCUUCCCUCCCUCCGGAGUUAGCCCUGAUUUGAAGCCAGAAGGAAACAGAGCUGCUACCAGUGGGAUCUUUUAGAUAGACUCCUUCCCUGUGGCCAUGCUGGGCCUGUGACAGGUGGCUGCUCUUUCUCCCUUUGCCCAGCCAAGCUCCCCUCCUCUCCAUUAGCUACAGAACUGGAGAAACUGUUCAGAAUAGGAGCCAACGAGUCGGAAGGAACUUGAAGACUAAAAAUAGAUUUUACCCUCUCCACUGUCCACACCGCCACCCCUAACUCUCUCUGCUUGAGUAGGGGACUUUAGGGCAGAUUAGGAGGAUGAAUUGGGUCUCAGGGUGGAAGACCAUUGCCCAAGAGCCUCGAGUUUCGUUUGCAAGGCCCUGGGAUCAGGUAGCCAGAGGCUGAAUCUUUUAGGGAUAUUAAGAUCAGUGUCUCCUUUAGGUUCCUCACAGAAUUCCGUAGCUAGAGCAUGCCAUGCCACGCAAAGAUAGCUGGUUUCAAAACCCUGCCCCCAGGCAAGUAAAACUGUGACAUGCUCAAGACUAAAGGUAAUCUCUCUUGUUUUCAAAAUUAACAUGUAGGAUGGACCCCGUACAGUACAGCUGUCCUCGGUAUCCUAGAAUUGGAGCCAGUUUUUAGCUUAGUGUGCUUAGUAUUUCUACAGCCAGUAUGUGUUUUGUUAUGUCAGACCAAACCAUCUUUUUCAACAUCAUUUCUGUUCAUCUCUUCCUGCUGAGUGCUUUUUGGACAGAGAAGCAAAGAGAAAGAGAAAAUGAGCAAUCAAAUCCUUACAGACUGGGAUUAGUAGGACAGAGCUAUGUUAGUGACAGGGUCAUUGCAGGGACUUGUGCAGGACUCCAGAGUUGCCUGUGCCAUACCCGUGGCUUGAAGGGAAGGCUUUCUAUUGACUGAGUCUGUCUUUCAUGAAGAUGGCAACCCCAGCCACACUAAAAGUUCUGUCUUGACGACAGAAGCUCCCAAAGCAUCCAUGAUUGAGGGGUAGGGAAACAGAAGCAGCCAAAGAUAACCUGAUUCGUGACUGUCUAGUGGGACCUUUCAUCUCUGGAUUCUGCUUCCGAAAGCAAGUCUGGGUCACUGAGUUUUAUAGACAUGGGACUCCCAGGUACAACAGUGGCCACCAUGGCACCCAGAGUUUGCCCUCGUAUCGAAUGUGUUAGGAGUGACCCAAUUACCCAAGUAGGUAGCCAGUAUUGAGGAAACCAACAGCCUCUAAGCUGCCUGACUUUAAAAGGAAUGUCCUAGGUGCUCUCUGUCUAGGGAGUCACCUGUCAUCCCUGCAAACCUGAGAGUAAUCAAUUACCUCGACAACCCUGCCCCACAUCCCUUUAAAGUUAGCAGGAUGUCCUCUUGCACACCCCGUGCUGGUGUUUAAAAAAUGUAUCUUGUCGUGCUCAGUGUGUUUGACAGCCACACGGAUCUGCUGGGCGCUGCACCCCUUCUCUGUGACUGUAGCAUCCAAAUGACACCAGCAGCACAGCAAUGAGCCCUGCGCAAUCCCACAGCAUGCCUGAGAUAAGACUCCAGCGAGUAAUAAUUAACUUUUUCCCUCCUGCCGCCUGCAUUACUUGUCUAAGUAAAGAGCUUCCCAGAGUGGAGGGAGAGGCCAUGUAGACAAUCCAGGUGUCGUUCAGGGCCAGUCCUUGCUGAAAUGCGGUCUUCUCAUAGGAGCACCCGUAUUCUUGGGAGAAAAAGUAUUGGAUGUAAAGUAACACCAGGACCACAUAGAAAGAGAAGGGUGAACCAUACUGAGGAACUUUGGAUAUUUUUUUUUUUUGAGAGGGAUAAAUAUUGUUCUUAAUAAGGAGAAAAAACAACUCAGAAAAAAAUUUGCAACUAAUAUUUUUGCACAAGUUUUGCAGGACAUUACACAAUGAAAACAUCUUUCAAGGUGAAGUGCUUUAGACAGUAAAGACUUAGCACAGUCCUAGACUUAUGUAAGGGUGGCAAAUGCUGUUAUGUCAAAAUUUAGUGUAGUCAUUGAGAACCACGGUGUUAACCAAGAUGUCAGAGUUACCUGGAGGAGUCCUGGAGAGGCCAAGACAUUCUGCACCAUUCUACAUCAACGAUGUCAACAAAGUCGCCCAAACAGACAGUGACAAGCAUCUUUCUUGGGUAUCCAGAAACCAGAACCAACCUGUAUCUGAAAAUAUACAUUGAUGAUUCUAAAGUAUAUAUGUGUUCGUAUGUGUUUGUGUGUGUGUAUAGCACAUAUUUACAUAAAGGCAAAAGACUCGUACAGAGACCCACAUGAGCUGGCAGCUGAUGAGCCUUUAAGAUCUGGAGGUUGACAAGUAGAGAAAUGAGAGAGGCUGUUGAUUGCCUGUCAAAAUGAUCAAAGAUGUAAAUUAAGUGCCAUUUUAAAACUGUGUUCAUAUUUAUCGAAUGGUUACUAUCUGCAGCUAUGUUCCCUGUUAACUUAUUAAAAGUCAUGUUGAAAAAAAUAUCAAACCCAUAAAUGCUUAGUAGGUAAUGCUAGGCUAGUGUUCAGAAGCACUCUAAAAGACACUUUGUCCAUAUUUUGGAAAAGAAAAUAUUUGCAUGUUUAAUUCAUAAUUUAGGCUACCUUUGAGUAUACUGUAAAGUGCUGUGUGAUAUAAUAUCAGUAAAGUACUUAUAAAAAUGGCACUUUAAUGUUUUCUUUUUAAAAAUCAUAAAUAAUGCACUGUUUUAAACUUCAGUAUUGACUAUGGACUGGUGCAUAGACUCCAAUUCCGUAAUUAAAAAGUAAUCUGUGACUAGAAUAGAACUUGUUCCCUGUUAUUAGAAAACAGUUUUGCCAUGUUCAGGCUUUUUUAAAAAAUGUGCUUUUGUGUCACUAAAUAUAUCUAUAAAGAAAAUACAAUUUCUGUUGAGUGACCUCUGAAACUUGGCUUUCUUACAUUUGGUUGGUUUAUGUGACAAUCGCCAUGAAAUGCGUGGAAGUAUGAUUUUGAAUUAAAUGACUUUUCCAUUUGGUGGUA